CGCCAGUGCGCAUGUGUGGUAUUCCACACGUGGGGUGAACGUUUGAACUGGCUGCAUGCAACAGAGCUUAGAGAGUUCGUAGUGCCACUAAAUAUUACUGACACAAAACUUAUCUCGCUUUUUGUUGCCCUUUUUAGCCCAGGUGAAAGAAAAUAGUCCUCCGUGAAGCAUUUCGCCGAGAGGGCCGGAAUACAAGAAACCAAACUAUUCACAAUGUCUGAACCCCAAGUCAACCCGAAGGCCUACCCGCUGGCCGACGCCACGCUCUCCAAAACUAUCUUGGACCUGGUGCAGCAAGCCUCUAACUACAAGCAGCUGAGGAAGGGGGCUAAUGAAGCCACUAAAACCUUGAACAGAGGCAUCUCUGAAUUUAUUGUGAUGGCUGCUGAUGCUGAGCCGCUGGAGAUCAUCCUCCACCUGCCACUGCUCUGUGAGGACAAGAACGUCCCGUACGUGUUUGUCCGCUCCAAGCAGGCCCUGGGACGGGCCUGUGGGGUGUCUCGCCCCGUCAUAGCUACCUCAGUCACCAUAAAGGAGGGGUCUCAGCUCAAACCGCAGAUUCAGUCGGUUCAAUUGGCUAUUGAGAGACUGCUCGUCUGAUUUCUGUUGCACUGUUGUGACAACGUCUCCUUGUUUUAAGGACAAGACAAAUUCCAGAUUGAAGUGAAUCUUCUGUUUUUGAUGUAAAAAAAAAAAAAAAAAGCUGUAAUGCAUGACAAGAGGGUAUAGAUGUUUUUUUCUUUUUUUACUUCUUCAGACAGUGCGUCUACUUUUGUGUAUCAGUUUGCCAUUGCAUCACCUGAUUCAUAAUAAAACUUUUUUAUUUAAA